CGGCAAAUGGCUGGCUCGUCUCGCCUGUGCAUCCCAGAAAUACGAGACGCAUUGCUCAACACGCGGCCGCGUCCGAUGGCGCAGUCCAUCGAUGCAUUGCGCCAGCAAUGGACCGCAGCCGGCCAAGGGCAUUGCCUGCAGUACGUCGACGAGCUCGACGCCGCCGCACAAAAGCAACUGCUGGACCAAAUUAGUAGCAUAGACCCCGCCAAAGCGUCGGCGAUGUACAAACGCGCCAAGAACCCACCACCCGAUAAGGCAGGGCCACCGGCACCGCUCGACACAAAUCAGAUCGAGCGCCUCGCGACCGCGCCACGAGCGAAGCGAGAAGGAUGGAGAAAAGCCGGCCUCGACGCAUGUCGCCGCGGCGAGGUCGCCAUUCUACUCCUAGCGGGCGGCCAGGGCACGCGGCUCGGUUUCGACAGGCCCAAGGGCAUGUUCGACGUGCGACUCCCAUCUAGGAAAUCGUUAUUCCGUUUGCAAGGUGAGCGGCUGCUGGCGUUGGAGCGCCUAGCGAAGGCUCCACCCGGCUCGAUCCCCUGGUACGUCAUGACCUCGGCCGCCACCGACGCAGAGACGAGAAAUUACUUUAGACAACAACGCUUCUUCGGCCUGAAACCUACCCAAGUCUUCUUCUUCGAGCAGGGCGUCGCGCCGGCCUUUCUCGAUGAUGGUAGUAUAGCGUUGGAGACGAAAUGUCGAGUAGCGGUCCCGCCGAACGGGAAUGGUGGUGUGUAUGACGCGCUCCGCGACUCGGGCGCGUUACAAGACAUGCAAGCACGAAACAUAAAGCACGUCUACCAGUACUGCGUCGACAACGCCCUCGUCAAGGUCGGAGACCCCGAAUUCAUCGGCUUCUGUGGCAGUGAAGGCGCCGACUGCGCGAGCAAGGUCGUCCCGAAGGGCCACGCGCACGAAAAAGUGGGAGUCCUGGCGCAAUGUGAUGGUCGAGUGCGCGUCGUCGAGUACUCGGAGAUCUCUCAACAAACGGCGGAGAGCGUCGAUGCGCGGGGCCGCCUGCUGUUCGGUUCCUCUCAUAUUUGCGUGAACUACUUUGCUAUCGCAUUUCUGGCAAAGUGUAUCGAGUUAGUUGAUAAACUACCGCUGCACGUCGCGCACAAAAAAAUACCAAAUGUGCAUGACAGUGCGCCUUCCACGCCAAACGGCAUCAAGCUCGAGCUGUUCAUUUUUGACACUUUUCCGUUCGCGGACAAGUUUCGGGUGCUGGAAGGGACGCGAGGCGACGACUUCGCGCCCGUCAAGAACGCUACUGGUAAAGAUUCGCCCGAAAGCGCGCGCGAGUUACUUUUGAAGCGCGACCGGCGGUGGCUCGCGGCCGCGGGCGCUUCGAUCAGUCCGGGGCCGGUCGAGGUGGCGUCGGCGUUAUCCUACGACGGCGAAGGUCUCGAGGCGUUUGCCGGUGCGACGGUCGCGCCGGGUCUUAUCUCCGCGGCGCCGGCGGCGUUUUCUCCCGCUUGUUUAGUCGCGGUCGUUGCGGUGCUCGGGGCGCUGGUGCUGACGUCUUAACUUUAGUUAUCU